AUGAAAAAGAACUUUGCAAGGCAUGGAAUUCCAAGUGAAUGCGUUAGUGACAAUGGUCCUCAAUUUGACAGUUCGGAAUACAGAUCUUUUGCAAGAGAAUGUGGUUUUACACCGGUUAAGUCGUCUCCGUAUAGUCAAGGGAAUGGUAAAGCAGAAUCGGCGGUGAAGGUUGCAAAGAACAUAUUAAAAAAAUCGGGCAACGAAGAUCCUUACUUGGCAUUAUUAGCUUAUCGCAAUACUCCGCAACAAGGAUACGUAUAUUCUCCAUCUGAAAUAUUAAUAGCACGGAAACUAAAGGAUAUUAUUCCAAUGGUACCGUCACAGUUAAAACCACGAUUAGUUGACAGCAAAAUUGUAAGAGAGGACAUAAUGAAGAGAAGAAUUCAAUCAAAGAUUCAGUAUGAUAAAAAAGCGUCACGUCCAUUGAAAGAUUUAGCCGUUGAUGAUCGUGUUUACGUGAAGCCUAGGCAAAAGUAUAAGCCUUGGAUUUAUGGGAAAGUCAUCGAAAGGCCUGAUGAAAGGACGUGUGUUAUGCAAACGCCAUUAGGAUUAGUUCGCCGAAAUCGGAAGCAUCUCAGAAAGAUUAAAGGGGAAA